GGUUAUGGUGGAGGCUCGCUGGCUAGUGCUGCCUUCCUCUCUCCUCGCUCACACCAUACCACUUACAUCACUAACUCUCAAUAUUUCUUCAGUACUAAGUAUAAAACACCGUCAGCAUCACAGAAUAAAUAAAGGAAGGAGUUACAUUAGUACUGGGAAUUUGAAUUUUGUUUAGCGAGUUUAUCGUACAAUGUGUGGCAGCAGCGAGUGAUGGAGAUAUGGAACAAGCUCUUCACUCCCCGCAGGAAAAAUGAAAUUAAUAAGGUACAGAAGACUCCGGCCCCAACACCUAAGAAGAGCUCCCAGAACCAGUCUGGAGGAGGAGCUCCUCCAUUUCACCUGCAGAGGGAUGGUAUUAGAGUUCUCUUGUUCCGCGAAUGUGACACACGAGGACGUAAGUUACUCUACGACUCAAAGACGGUGGUGCAGGUUCCCAUCUCGGACAGUUCAUCUGUUGUCCCCUCAUGUAAAACAUUGUUCAAGACCAGCUGGAGCAGUGGGUCAUCGGUCAGCUCAGUCAACAGUGCUGCAGCGCCACAUGUGUCACAAGUCAUUAACAACACAAAUUCAUCAAUUAAUGUUAAGUCUACAGCACCUUCCUCCUCAUCCUUCAAGUCUGACAUCUUUGCAGAGAUAAGUGGAGGCUAUGGCUAUCAGUACCGGCAGCAGGAAAACGAUACCAAGCUACUGGGAGAGAUGGUGUUUGGAGCUGUUGCCCUGGCCUACCGAGGGUCGUGCUCCAAGCUACACCUUCUACACAACCCUCAUCGCAUUCUCUUGUCUCGCACUGCUCCUGCGCCCCACUCAUAUUUACGACCCUCUGGUGCUAGCAGUGACCAGGGAAUAGAAGAUACAUCAUUCAGUAGUUCCAUUAGUUCAUGGAGUGAAGCCACGUCACGAACAGACAGCUUGGAAGCACCUUGGGGGCCAGGUGGCUGUGGUGGAGGCUCCACUUGGGCAAUGGAAAUGCCCCACAUGCUGAGUACAUCUAACAGUGAAGGAGAUUCAGGAUUUGGUGGACCUCCCUCGCCAUAUUCAUCAACGUGUGGCUCAUUUCUUUCCCCACCAUCAAUACCCAACACCCCUCAGGGAACACCAUCCUCACGUCAAGGAUCAGGCAGUAGUCUCAAACAUUCAGGUAGCUUUAACAGCCUACAGCGGCGGUUCUUGCGCAAUGUCAACACCUCUCUGGAAGCUCUGGGACGUGAAGGUGAAAUUCAAGAGGAAGGAACUGCUUCGUUGUCACAGCCUGCACGUCGGGUUACCAAGUUGGGCUUUGCUGUCAUUAUCCAACUUGGCAAUAACUUGUCUGAACUGGAGAGGGAGGUGGAAGAAUGGGUAUUUCUGCAUCUUAGUGUAAUAGAAGCCUUGAUGAACAAGCUCCAGUCAUCUCUAGAUGUUGCUUACUUAAACCGCCAGAGUUUCGUCUCAACAACCCAUCAAGCUGUCACACAGCUCCAGCAGGACAUAAUAGAUCUGGUGAGUGGGCCACGACUGUGUCGACCUGUCUGGCUGGGGCUGUUGGGCAAACCAUCGACAAGUGAUCGGCAGACCCUGUGCUCCACCUUUGUAGAUACCCUGGCCUCAGUACUUACCACUUUUGACACAAAGCAAACCAACUUUUUUGUGAGCAAGUUGUUGACUGCUGUGCUGACUCAUCAUCUUGGAUGGGUGUCAACUGUUGCUCCUGGGGACCAUGUAGUGUGUACACCUACUGCUGCUCAGGCAUCAUGGGUUGAGCGCCUUAACGAGUCCCAUCCCUAUAAUGCUAUUUGGGCGCAAUUAUGUGAAUUAAAUGGUGCAGUUGGAUAUCCCCCUCGAGCAGCUCGUACUCUCUUGGUUGGCUCAAACGCCUCCCUCCUUGCUCGGCUCCUCACUAUCCUUUCCUACGUAAUUCGCUGCUCACAGGUUGUGGAACAAGACAUUCAGUCCCACCAUAUGGGAAGUAACACAUCUCCUGAACAACAACAACAACAACAACGUCCAUGUUUUUCACGCACUUCUUCUGUCGCAUCCAUUGUUACCAUUGUUGAGGGUGGAAGAAGAGACUCUCAGAAAGAUUGUGUGAGGGAUGCACAACAGCCACAGACACGACAGUUACAGAGGGAGUCCAGUAUCAGACGAAGUUGGCGAACAAACCGGGAUGGACGUAACAGCAGGCUUCUCCCUACAGAGUCCAGGGGAGAUGGCACUGCUGAGAUGACCAUGAGGACAGCUAGUCACACUCAGGCUGAAGAACCUCAACGUGGGUCAGCGUGUGAACCAGAUCCUGCAGCAGUAGGACAGCAGCCUCACAAAAAAGAAACAGAUCAAUCUUCAAAGUGGAUGCUAAAUGAUGAUGAAGAGAUUGUAAUUAGAGAUGUUAAAUAUAUUGAAAGUGUUUCGCGUAACAAAAAUAACAAAAAUCAGCAAAGUUUUGAGAAUAAAGGCAAUGACUUUUUAUCUCCAGAUGAAGCAACACUGUUAACACUAUCACAUGAUGUUGGUAGAACUUUAACCUCUAGUAAGACCUCAACAAAUCUAGCCUCUUUAGUAAGUGAUAAUGGCAGUGAUUCAAAUCUUUAUUUUUCAAACUCUAGUGGUAGUGACAGUACUAUUAUCAAGAAUGUGAAAGUAACCCCUGAACGUUUGUAUCCAACACUGCAUGAGCUAGAUGACCAUAGAGAAACUUUUGGGCCAGUCAUAUUAGAACCAGAAAUAAUUGCUGAAAAAGUACAUAAACUUUUCAGAGUAUCUAAGUGUAGUGGAUCUCAGAAGAAAGAUCAGUCUGUGUCUCAGGAAGCUGACCAGCUCAGGACAAAGGUAUCACUUGAUAAGUCACAACCUGUGAGUAGUGUUAAUUCUUUGCCUCGGACCAAAAAGUCACAGGCCUUGGGUUAUGGUUUUCAUUGUAGUGAUGUGGGUUUGAAUCACUCCACAGAAAUGGAUUUUGUUGAUAAUGACCAAAAUGGAAGUAGUAAUAGUGUAAAAUUUUAUGGUACUAGAACCAGUGAAAAAAUAUCUCUAGAUGAAGUUACUGUGCCAGCAACAGAUAUUCACCCUGAGAUAGAAGUAGGAGGAAAAGUUUUAUAUUUAUUAGAAGAGAGAGAUGUUCAUGAUGGAGUAAAGGACUCCAUGGAAAUGACACCAAAAGUUAACUUGCCAGUUAAGUGUGAAGCAGCCUUCCCUCAUGUUUCAAAGAACAGUAAUGUUGCCACUGCCAUAGGGUUUGAAGGGAUAGUUGCUGCCGGUAAAGAAAAAAAUUAUUUCGGGGUGUCUAAAGUAGCCGGAGUAUGUUGUUUACCAUCGCCACUUGACACAAGAAAAAUAGUCAGAACCAGGAAUGUUGGACGCGAUUCUGCCCGAGACCUGACCAAACUUGAGAGAGAGAUGGUAAUCUACCCUUCCCUGAGUGAUUUCAAGCAGGAUCCUAAAUUGGGUGAAAGUAAUACCAUUACCAAUAUGAAAGUAGUCACUAAAACACACAGAAGACAUCACAGUGAUCCAACCAAUGGUGUAUUUGCCUCAAAAGUGCUUUACCAUCAGAAAGCUGAACCUUUAAAAGGGGUUGUGGAGGAACAGGCAGCAGACCACAAAGAACCUGCAACAGUUAAAAAAUCAUUGAAACCCAUUGAUAGUGAAAGGAAACAUGAUAUACAAAAACCAUUGCCGGAAGCUGUAAAGGGUGAAUCUUGCAUAUGUAGCAGACAACAGUCUCAUAGCACCUGUGGUUCAAUGUGUGCUGAUAGUUUUGAUUCAUCUCUGAAGAAAGAUUCUACAAGUGAAGUGUUGAAAGAAGUAAAUGUUGCUUGUGUUACUGAGCAGUCGACCAAUAUCCAAAUGCCCAGGUGUGCUUGUGUGACUCACAAUAGUGCACCCGGGGGAUCACCUUCAGGGAGCAGCAGUGUUAUGUGUCUGGCAGGCUCCUUACUCGGGGGUGUAAUGGACCACUAUUCCUCAGUGUUUGUGGUCCAUGCCACCACUCAGACUCUCCACUGGGAGGAUGCACUUCGACAAGAUCUCUCGGCUGCGGCUCAACGCUCCACUCUUGAUCAGCAGGUCGCCGAAGCUGUGGCAGUUGUGGCUGACACAGACACUUGGGAAGUGCAGGUGAUGUCAUCUCACUCAUACGUUGUGGAACGUAGUGGCUCGAGUGGUCAAGUGGGUCUGAGAGUGGGCAUGUCUCCCCUAGUGUCAGCCAUCACAGAUUCUUUGCUGGACCUCACUCGCUUGGAUGUCGACCCCCAAUUUAUCAUGCAGCACCUGGAAGAACGCUUGUGUGAAUUGUACCUGAAGUCACAGUUGUUGGCCGAGUACUUACUGGGUGGAGCUGGUGUUUCUCUUGCAGGAUCAGAAGCAGGUCUUGGACCCUACCAUUUACCAGAGUUAACUCGAGCAUUAGGUUUAGACCUUAAUGAUUUGCCACUCUUGCUGGCAGUUGCCUCAACACAUACACCGGCCCUCACACGCAUGUUUGGCCUGACAAUUAGAUGAGUAAUGUGCAAGUGAAAUUUCUUCAAAAUCUUUAAGAUGGAAAAAUGGGAAGGGUAUAGAAUGAUGAUUAGUAUCAGAAAGUUAGAUAUUAAUAAUUGACAAUAAUUACUGGCAGUUGCACACAUAAUGAAUUGGAAAGUGUGUUGUGUAACUGUAUGGAAACAUAAAGUUCUUCAUUGAAGGUUACCAUGACCUUCACACACAUUAAUGCCAACAUAUGAAAGUUCAAUAUAAAUGCAGUACCCAACCUACUUUUAUCACUAUGCCAGCCUUGAAAAUGCCCCAGCUGACAUGUGUCUGUUAUAUUCUGCUAUAACAAUUAGGUAAGCAAAAUUAAUAUAUUAAAUGGUAAUUAUUAAGUAUACAAAGUCUGCUUAAUCAACUUAUUGACUACAAAUUCUCUACAAUAAGCUUAAAUUAUAAGAUUUAAAAAUUUAUUAACUUACCUUAACCCAGCACAGUGAGACCUCGUUAACCUUCCAUAACCCAACAGCUCUUAGUCACCUUUUCUAACCCAACACAGCCAGACCUUAUUAAACUUCCCUAACCCAACACAGCCAGACCUUAUUAAACUUCCCUAACCCAACACAGCCAGACCUUAUUAAACUUCCCUAACCCAACACAGCCAGACCUUAUUAAACUUCUUUAACUCAACUAAACACAAUGCAACCAAAAAUAAAAUGGUAAAAGUAGACAUUUAUGUUGGGUAGGUUCAUGUUUUCUGCUUUCUAACAUAAACAAACAUUCCCUUUGUCCAGCCCAAUGGUUUAAUGUUUCUCCUAGAUUUCAUUAAGAUAAAAAAGUGCUAAAAGGGGAGAGAAUUUAUGUUUUUAGAUGAAAAUUAAAACGAUUUAUCUGUAACAUAAUUUUGGACAAAUAAUUUUAUUAAUCAGACAUAGACAUACUUGAAUAUUACCAAUUAAAGUUAUAUUACAAAAGAGUUUGUGUACUGUAUACGUAUGGGUAUUAAAGGAGUUUAUUGUUGCCGCUUGAGGUCUUCACUGUUACACCAUGUACUGUAGUGGAGGUAGGUGAGGAUGGUGCAGGUAGUCUUGAUACAGGUGGGUCACUGAACCUAUGUCAUACAGUCUUGUGCCAAACUCUAUUCAGUAAGUAACUAUUUAAACUUAAACUUGACUGUAAUAUAUAAAUGUUUUAUGUGACUAAAAUGAAACUAAGCAUUUAUUUAUGCUUCAGCUGUAAGAACAUCAAUAGAAAAUACGUAAGUAACCUCUCCGACAAGAUUGUCAUUGUGGUUUACUUUAAGUAAACUUGUGGAAAAGUACUCGUGGAGGAGCAAGAAUGCGAGGGAGAGAGAAUAGUUCAUUAAACUAUUAUGUAUAAGACAUUAUUAUGGUCAUAUUAGUUAUGCCUAAUGUCUAGGUAUUAAGGGAAGAUUUAUCUCAGGAAGUUGUAAUUUACAUGACUGGCAGGACUCACAUUACUUCCAGCCAUUAUUUAGAUAUAGAUUUUAUUUCAAGUAAACAUUUAAUUUUCCCAGUGAGAGAUGGAUAGCUAUAGUGAUAGUGUGACUUGGAUAGUGGACUUUGAGUUAACUGUCAUAUAUAUUUCCUUAUUUAAUGAUUCAAAUUAAUUAUUCAUUAUUUAGUGAAUUUAUUGAGAAAAAUUAACAAGGGUAGCAACUUGUUCUAUGAUAAAUGUGGUCACAAACACUUUUACAUUGAGGUUGAGGUCAAUAGUCUUUGUUAUUAAAUUAAUUUUUGAAGUAGUUUCUUCUUCAACACUUAUAUACAUCAUCAAAAACUUUCCUUCAAUAACUAAAUAAAACCUGUGUAAAUCAGUUAUCACCAGGGUCAGCCAUGGGAGAGGCACUAACUUAAUAACAACAAAAUGCUUAAGAAAUUGGCUUAUAAUUAUCAGUAAUAAAAACACACAUACAUCCACACAUUGAGUACUCUUCUGUGGUGUAACACUAUCACCAUAAUUGAAUUUUGGCCGUUUCAGUAGCCGAUCAUUUUUCUGACUGGUUGAAUUAAGUUUUACUGCUCUCUUUAUACUGUAUCAUUGUAAUGUGGCAGCACCUACCGAGUCACAGGUAACACUAGAGUAAAUCCCUGUUAUGACUCAUUGUUUGAAUGUUGUGUUAAAUCCUGUAUUACCGAAUCAUGUUGCCACCAGUGUUGCAACAACUCUCCUGGUUGUGGUAUACCUGUGUACACAGGAUACAAGCUGAAAUGCAACUUGGAGCUAAGUCAAUUAUUAUAAAUUUUGCAAUUCUUGAUACAUGGUACAGGUAUUAGUAAAUUGUUGACCACAGCCCAUUACUUAGUAAAAGACAAGAGUCUAAUGUUUAGGUAGGUAAUGACUUGUGGUCCACCACUGUACAGUGUUCAGUUUUGCAAUGUAUCAGAGAUAGGCAAGUUGUCUAAAGAACUGGCUUCCAUGAAAAACUUCCUUCAAACUGUUUAAAAAGUGUUUCUUUACAACACAGGGUGGGUAGCUUCAAUAUAAUGUACCAAAGUCCUGGAAACUUGUUAAUACUGUACCAUCGAGUAGAAAGGAUGGGCAGAGAAAUGUCUUCAUUUGAAAGACUUGCACUAUCACCCAAAGCAGUUAAAGUCUCCUGACAGGCUUUUUAGAACCAAUUCUAACUUUGUCUCUGAUUAUUUUAAAUUAAACUUUAUUAGUUUUGUGCCAAUGCUGCUACAAUUAUUCCUAUUCUAAGAAUGAGAUGAAAAAGCCUCGCUAGCCAUACCAAACUUAUUAGACUUUUUUAUGUUAAGGUCAAGGGGAAAAACUCCAUUUCCAUUACAAAUGCAUGUGCCUCAAAUUGGACAAUAUUACAUUACCAGUAGCUAGGAACUUACAUAAUGCAUGGUAUAAAUCACUGUGAAUCAUGCUGGGUGAUUAGGUUAAAUAUGGAAGGACAAAUGUGACAUUCCGAUUAACUGUUCUUAAUGUCAUAACCUGAGAACCUUUGUCCACUCACAGUGAACACACCAUAAGGAACUUACACUGUGUUUUAUAUGUACAGCACUAUAGUACAGGUGUAAGCCUUGUUCACUUGUUUUUGGCUUAUGUGUAGAAAAAAUAAAGCUCUAGACUUUUUGUUACAAGACAUUCUCGUGAUGAUGCGAGUCCCACUGCAUAAAACUGGUCCUCAAAUUCUAAUAAACUAAAACUGCUGAUAACACCAGAGUUUUUGGAAACAGCUCUUCAGUUAUAGACCAAUGCUUAAUUUGAAAUAUCUGAACAAUUUAUGAAAUGUUUUCUUGAGAUGAUUACUAUAUGUACUGUUUAUUUUACAUUUACAUUGAAUGAACUUUUAAAGUCUGAUUCUGUAAGACUUUGUUUUUAUCAAAAUUAAUAUACUGUAUUGAUAUUGGAAGAUUUUACUGCAUCUUGUGUUGUCACCAGUCACCAUAUAGAUAACAGUUAUUACAGUGGGAUCGUGACUUACUUGAUCAGCCGAGUCUAUCAGGUGUCAAUUGCAUCAUAGACUGGUAGAAACUAUUAAAGCACAUAACAAUAAACUGUAGAAAAGAUGAGUGUGACCAAUACUGUACACUGGAAGGUUAUUACUUUAAACUGUCAUUGUGAUAAUUGAUAAAAUACAACUGGUGGUCUAUUGAUAAUUAUUGUCUCAAUGGAUGUGGCCAGUGUGAUUAGUAUAAAUUGAAGGGCAAUGUACAGUAAUAUCUCCGUUAGCCGGAAUCCCUCAAACCCGGAACUCUCCGAUAGCCGGAAUGUAAAUUUUCUAGGAAAAUCGUUCCCAAAGCCGGAUUUUUCCGGAAAAUUUCGCCUUUGGGAACUAUUUUCCAAGGGGAACAUUUUCCGGAAAAUUCUGAGAAAGUUUUCCCGAAAAAAUUCUGGGGAUAGGGGAGUUUUUCCGGGUUUGAGAGAUGAAAAUCAGGCUCAUCUUCUGGAAAU